CCCCUCCCCCAGAAAAAAUGGGGGCUUCAAACUGUGAAGAUGAAGAUUUGGAAUUUAAGCUGAUUUUUGGAGAAGAGGAGAAGGAAUCCCCUGCCAUGGAGGUCCCCUUGGAAGAUCUAGAAGCAGACAGCCUCCCCGUCUAUUGCUCACUGACGUUGGGGGACCCCCCUCCCUACGCUUCACCUCUGGGCAUCCCAUGCCCGCUGCACCCAGGGGGAGGACGAGCUGGCAUGCACUCUCCCCCUCCCCGUCCGGCUGACUUAGAUGGAGACACUUUUGAGAGUCAGCCGGCACGGCGCGUGCGUCUCGGAGGCUCUCGGGUGCUCGAGUGCCCGAGCAUACAAAUCACUACCAUUUCCCCGGGCCGACGGACUGAGGAAGACGACUGGGACUCUUCGCCGCGUGAUUAUCUCCUCCUAGAGGCCUUUGGAGGAUACCGCGAGGCACCGCCGGCGUCCGGCUUCUUCACCCCUAGCCCUGCCAGCAGCGGUAGCGCCUCCCCAUGGAGCUUUUUUUCGGAUGACGAGGCACCCACGGGGGAUGACGUGGAACACGAACUGAACGAAGCUGCAGCGCGGUUUGCCCUCACGUCUCCCUUGGGCUCCCCGCGGGGUUCCCCCAAGCCCUGGUCAUCUGCCGAUGAGUCAUGGCCGAUCUACGGCUCCAGUUAUUCUCCGAGCCGGGGGACGGAGGACGGGUGGAUGCUUUUGGGCCCACGCCCGGCUUCUCCCUGUGGCAAGCGGCGCUACUCCAGCUCGGAAACACACUCGUCUGCGUCCCCUUGUCUGUCUCGGCGGGGGAGCCUCGGGGAGGAGGCCCCGGGGGAAUCCGUGGAGGCAGGGGGCGAUCCAGCCCCCUUUAACUGCGCCGGCACUCGACCGGCAGAGAGCAUUCCCCAAAAAGCCCGGAAGACCUCAACAGAGCAGACCGUGGCUCUGACCCGGAAAGAAGAAGGGAGCUGCAAUGGAGAGGAUGGGGGGAGUACCCCUGGGGGCUUUGGACUCAGCAUGGCACGUAAAGAAGGGAUGGAUUACCUGGCUGUACCUUCUCCAUUAGCUUGGUCUAAGGCCCGUAUUGGAGGCCACAGUCCUGUGUUCAGGUCUUCUGCUCUUCCGCCUCUGGACUGGCCCCUCCCCAGUCAAUACGAGCAGUACGAACUGAAGAUCGAAGUGCAGCCUCGGACGCAUCACCGAGCCCAUUACGAGACCGAGGGCAGCCGGGGCGCGGUGAAGGCCACUCCAGGAGGGCACCCUGUGGUGAAGCUCUCAGGCUACGAUGAGAAACCUCUGACCUUGCAAAUGUUCAUCGGCACGGCGGAUGAACGGAAUCUGCGGCCCCACGCCUUUUACCAGGUGCACCGCAUCACUGGCAAGAUGGUUGCCACCACCAGCUACGAAUCCAUCAUCAGCGGCACCAAAGUCCUGGAGAUGUCCCUGCUGCCUGAGAACAACAUGGCUGCCAACAUUGACUGCGCGGGGAUCCUGAAGCUGCGGAAUUCAGACAUUGAGCUUCGGAAGGGGGAGACAGACAUCGGGCGCAAGAACACACGGGUCCGCCUGGUCUUCCGGGUCCACGUGCCCCAAGGCAACGGCAAAGUGGUCUCCAUCCAGACUGCCUCAGUUCCUAUUGAAUGCUCCCAGCGCUCUGCUCAAGAGCUCCCCCAGGUGGAAAGCUACAGCCUCAGCGCAUGCUCCAUACACGGGGGCGAGGAGAUGGCGAUUACCGGUGCCAACUUCCUGCCUGAGUCCAAAGUUGUCUUCAUUGAGCGAGGCCCUGAUGGAAAGCUCCAGUGGGAAGAGGAAGCGAGCAUUAAUCGGUUGAAAAGCACGGAGAUCUCACUGACCCUCACAGUCCCAGAAUACAACAACAAGCGAGUGUCGCGGCCGGUUCAGACGUACUUCUACGUUUCGAACGGACGACGGAAAAGGAGUCCCGCUCAGGCCUUCAAAUACUUACCUGUGAUCUUCAAGGAAGAACCCCUUCCGGAUUCACCACUCCGUAGUUUCCCCCCUGCCUCUCAAAGCGCCCCAUUCCUUUCACAGUCCCUCCAGAGCUCCAUGGAUUUCUCUCCUUCUAGACCUCCCUUUCCUUAUUGCCCAGACCGCUCCCCGCCCUGUUCCCCCUACAGUCCAGACUGGGGCCCUUGCUCAUUUCCUACCCCUCCCCAUUACAGCCCUUCCUUCCGUUUCCCGUCCAGUGAGGCCUAUCAGGGCAACCACCUCUCUGUGCCCCUCCUCGCUCCGGGAGACCUGCCCCACUUCCUUCCUUUGGAUUGCCACCCUCCUAAUUUCCAGUCCCUCAGUCCUCAACUCAGCCCUCAGCCCCCAGGGCACAGAGAAGCCCACGGUGAUGACAAGACUCCUGAGUGGACAGAUCUUGAGCUUGAGCCUGUGGAGCUGAACACCAAAGACAUGGAGAAAUCGGGAUUUGGCGGCAGUGGCGGCUUCCGGGCUAACCUGCCUGUCCAUGGGAUCACGCUGGAGGAAGUGACCGAGAUAAUCGGCAGGGACCUGAGUGACUUCCCCAAGCCGUCCUGCGAAGGAGGGCACAGCUGAGAAACUGCCCCAUCCCACAGCGCCCCGGAUCCUCCCAGCCAAUCGGAGGCUCAGCUCAGGCAGGC